GAUACAUCUUAAAUUGUUGUUUAGCUGAUUUAGUGACAACAACACACUUUAUGCAACAUCAUGUCCGGUCAUGAAUUACACAGGGAAGGAAAUAAAUGAAAGACUAAUGAACUCGAAUUAGGAAGAUAUUUUAAAAAUCACAACGUUUCAAGUUCAGAAUCAGUACAUUCAAUUUAGAAUGAUAUGUUUGUUACAUAUGAGAUUUAUAUGGAUUAUUUUCUUCUUUUGGAUAGUGACGGCGUUGGCUGAAAGAAGAAACAAGACAGAAGACGCAUGUUCUGACUGGACGCUUACUGGUGGCCGUAUAGACAAAGAGGGCUUUAUUGAGGUCAGUUAUCAGGGCGAAAGGGUAAACUUGUGUGCGGAUACGUCACAGAACUUAGAGGAAGUGUGCAGAAAAUUAGGAAGGUCUGUGGAUGAAAGUAGAAAUGUCUUCAGUGCUAGUCGGAAAGAGAAAGCCAUUUCUUUCAUAAAUGUUGCAAAUAGAUGCGGCACAAUGGAAAAGAAGAAAAACACUUGUGGUGGAGAUGUGGUCAUUGACUGUUGCCAACCUGCGUGGAUCUGCUGCAUUGAUCGAACGAAAUAUGAAUAUUGCAGCGCAACCUGGAACGAGACUUUGGAUAUGCCAUGCCACCCUGUAUACGGAAAACGGUUUACUUACAGCCAGAUUCGAGGAAGAAAAUUUGGCAAAAAGAUCAACUAAACAUCGGCAUGGACGAAAUCAGUGCUGGUUAAGCAAAUAUCUAAAGAUGUUUCCAGGAAAAACUAGAAUUGCAGUCUUGGGAAAGAUAGCUUAAGUCAAUGUUCGAACGAGUGUUUAAACAGCAAGAAUGUGACUAGAUUAUACGUUGGCUCAAAUAGAACGUGCGUAUGCUCUGGAAGACCACAGCAAAGUGACACAGAAUGUUACAAUGAGCUACAGAUUAUAGAUUAUACAACAAAAUCUGACACAACAGAACCUGGAGAACGACCUAUAUUAUGUAUCGCGGCAGAGAUGAUAAGCGGGGCAAUAACAUUUACAGCUGAAGACUGUGAAGAAUUCUUGCAACCGCUCUGCUUGAAAGAAUUCAUCACAACAACCACGUUAUAUCAAACAACAACAUUAAUGAAGGGUGGUUGUAGAGCCAUCCCCUGAUGGUGAAGCCACACUUCUGCAGUACCUGCGACGAAAGUUGCUGCUGCCAGGGACAAAAGAAGGGUGUGGUCAUGGAGGAUGUGGUUCCUGUACAGUGAUGGUAUCCAAGCUGCAUCACAACUCCAGCAAGAUCAUACACUACACAGUGAAUGCAUGUUUAUUCCCACUAUGUGCGGCUCACGGAUCGGCUAUCACAACGGUAGAGGGUGUCGGCAAACCCAACACCGGAUUACAUGAUAUACAGAAAAGGUUGAUAGAGUCUCACGCAUUACAGUGUGGUUUUUGUACCCCAGGGUUUGUGAUGUCAGCAUUUGCUCUGCUUAGAAACAAUCCCCAUCCCUCAAGAGAUGAUGUGGAAAGAGCUCUUGAAGGUAACCUGUGUAGGUGUACUGGUUACAGACCUAUUCUGCAAGCAAUGGAACCAUUUACUAAGGAAUGCUGUCCUAUGGGAGAACAGUGCUGCAAGAAUCAACAACAGUCAGACAGCCAGGCACCGGAGGAUGUGAAUGUUGGAUGCCAACCUACACAAGUUCCAAUUUUCCCGCCAGAACUACAGACAAGUUCAGAGUACAGAAAGUCUGUAUGUUUUGAGGGGCCUAGUUGGAGCUGGGCUUUACCAACAGAUCUGUCUGAACUUCUCACGUUGAAGUCUAAAUACCCACAAGCCCCAGUAAUUAUGGGAAAUACAACAGCAGCACUUUCGAUCAAACUUGGGAAGUUCAACAGCUCAAAGAUACUUUUAUACGGAGGUAAUAUUCCGGCAUUGAAGGAGGUCUGUGUUGUGGAGGGUGGUGUCAGUUUUGGUGCAGCAGUUACGUUGUCAGAACUGUCUCAACAUCUAACACAGCUAAAAGGUGAAAUUAAAGAGGGUAAUAGAAAACAUUUCCCAGCAUUAGAAGAGAUGGUUGGACGGUAUGGAGCAGACCAGAUCAGAAAUGUUGCUACGUUAAGUGGAAGUAUACUGUCAGGAAGAUCAAACUCAGAUAUAAUAACGCUGUUUACAGCUCUUGAUGCAUCAGUGUGUCUAGCUUCAGUGAAUGGAGAGAGAAAAGUUGGUAUAGAAGGACUCAGUCUACAAGAAAUGGAGGUCAUUAAAUCAGUCUUCAUCCCAAAUAGUGACCAGGAUAAGUUUACACACAGUAUGUUCUUCAAACAAGCACAGAGAAGGACUUUCUCAUUGGCAAUCAUCAACUGUGGAAUGCAUGUUAUUUUGUCGGACACAAGAACAGUAGAGAAACUUAGGAUUUGUUUUGGUGGAAUAGCAGACAAGGCAGUUUUGGCAAGGAAGACCAUGGAUUUAGCAGUUGGAAGGGUAUGGGAUGAUGAUUUGUUACACAAAGUCAUCGCUAGUUUGUCAGAAGAUUUUGCCGCUGACAACGGCAAGCCUGUUGACAACUACAAGCUGGCUGUGGCAACUGCUUUCUUCUUCAAAUUUUAUGAUAAAGUGAAAAGGAAUCUGGGACAACCUAUGUCAGAUACCAACAGUCUGGCUCCAUUGGAGCUUGAACCUAGCUCCUCAACACAGUUCUAUGAUCCCUGUACGGAGCCGGGGCAGCCUGAGAGUGAUGCUGUAGGUCGCCCAAUACCAAAUAUUUCAUCAGAGGCUGUGGUCUCAGGAGAGGCUGUGUUUAUAGAUGACAUGCCUAAACUUGCAGGUGAACUGUUUCUAAGUCUGGUGAUGAGUCGUAGAGCUCAUGCAAAGAUACUGAGUGUAGAUCCCAGUGCUGCGUUGAAGAUAGAUGGGGUCCAUGGUUUCAUUGACCACCGAGAUAUUCCAGGCAAAAACUUGUGGGGUGCUGUUGAAAAGACAGAAGAAAUCUUUGCUUCUAAGGAGGUACUGGGUAUAGGUCAGCCUAUUGGAGCUGUGCUAGCAGAGACAAGGGAAAUAGCAAGAAAAGCAACAUACUUGGUCAAGAUACAGUAUGAGGAUCUCAAGCCUAUACUCACUCUCGAGGAAGCCAUUGCAGCUGAGAGCUUCUUUGGUGGUGGAGCAUGCACUCAUCAGCUUGAAGGAGAUGUAGAGAAAGGAUUUAAAGAAUCAGACCAUGUUGUGACAGGUGAAUAUAGAACGGGGCAUCAGGAACAUUUCUAUAUGGAACCGCAUGGUGCAUACGCCAUACCUAAGGUAGAAAAUAAUGAGUUAGAGAUGUAUUGUACAGCUCAACAGCUCAUGAACAAUCAGGAAAGUAUAUGUGAAGUCCUAAAUAUCCCGCAGCAUAAAGUGAAUGUGAAGGUGAGACGACUUGGUGGAAGUUUUGGCGGGAAAGAUACUAGAAACGUAGUAAUAUCUGCUCCAGUAGCCAUUGCAGCUCACAAGUAUAAGCGUCCAGUGAGAUGUGUGUUACCAAGGGAAAUAGACAUGGAAAUCAUGGGGAAACGUGAUCCCUUCCUGGGAAAGUAUAAGGUUGGUUUUACUAAAGAAGGAAAGUUGAAAGCUUUGGAUUUGAAGAUGUAUAACCAAGGUGGAUAUAGUCUGGAUAACUCUGUGGAGGUGAUUUCAACAGCAACAGACAACUUUGAGAGUGGAUAUAAGAUAGAAAACGUCAAGUUGGAGGCAUUCACCUGUAAAACCAACACACCAUCUAACACGUCAUUCCGAGGAUUUGGAGGUGCACAAGCGAUUCUUAUAAUGGAAGACAUUUUAUUUAAUAUUUCUUGCACUCUUGGUGUUAGUCAAGAGCAGGUAAGAGCAGUGAAUCUGUACAAAGAGGGUGACACUACACCACACGGAUUGAAACUUGAGAAUUGUACUGUAAGGCAGUUAUGGGAGCAGUGUAAAGAACAAAGUAAAUAUGAGCAAAGGAUGAAAGAUGUAAAGGCUUUUAACAGGGAAAAUAAAUGGAGGAAAAAGGGCAUUGCCAUGACUACAGAGAAGUUUGGUGUAGGCUUUCCCCCAGUUUUUCUCAAUCAAGGAACUGCGUUGGUGAACAUCUACCGAGAUGGUACAGUGCUGGUUACACACGGUGGAGUAGAAAUGGGACAAGGAUUGAAUACAAAAAUUAUCCAGAUUGCAUCAAGAGCAUUGGGUAUACCGGUUGACCUUAUCUACACCAAUGAGACUAGCACGGAAAGGAUUCCCAAUCCCACUCUGACUGGAGGAAGCAUGGGCACAGAUAUAUAUGGUCCUGCUGUUCUCGAUGCCUGCAAUAUUUUAACGGAGAGACUUGAACCUAUGAAGAAAAAGUUUACAGACCUAUCAUGGCAAAAACUGAUACAGAAAGCCUACUUUCAGAGAGUCAAACUCAUUGCUACAGGAUUUUCAAGGAAAGCGAAAGAUGGGGACUGGGAUCGCAAUAAAAGGGUAGGACGUAACUAUGACUAUUUUACAUAUGGUGCUGUGUGCACAGAAGUGGAGAUUGAUGUCUUAACUGGAGAAAAUCAGGUUUUGCAAGCUGAUAUUGUGUUUGAUGUUGGCAAAAGUUUGAACCCAGCUAUAGACGUAGGACAGAUAGAGGGCGGAUUUAUACAGGGACUUGGUAUGGCAACAAUGGAGGAGAUUGAACCGGACGCAACAGGAAAAAUGCAGAAUUGUAGCCCUCUCAGUUAUAAGAUACCAAACGUGAGAAGUAUUCCAAGAAAGUUUAAUGUGACACUCCUGAAGAAUCACAAUUACGUCACAACAGCAUAUUCUUCAAAGGGUGUGGGGGAGCCACCAUUGUUGCUGUCAAUGUCGGUGAUAUCUGCCAUAAAGCAUGCAGUACAAGAAGCACGUGCUCAGGUCGGAGUACAUGGAUACUUUCAGCUGGACUCACCUGCCACUGUAGAGAGAAUUCGAGAAGCCUGUGGGAAUCAAAUGGGCGGAAUUUAAUAGUGCUCUCGUUUUGUUUUGUUACAUUAUGUACUGAUGCUUCUUUUAAAAUGACAAAUGUACUGUGGUCAUAUUCACCCCUUAUCAUAGUAGCACUGACUUUCAAAUAAAAAAAUCACAAUAUUAUGUGAAAUGAAUUCAUCUUGAUAUAUCAAGUUUAUUCGUACAUGUACUUAAUACAUAAAUUAGACUGUUAGUUCUCUGAAAAGCCCUAUAUUCUUGACAAAAACUGUUCCAUAAAUGAAAUUCUGUAUUAUUUCUUUCUUUUUUGUUUAAAAGAUGAUUAGUGUUUUGUUGUUUGAGGCUAUCAGCUGCAGUUAUUUUAAACAAUGCAUUUACCAUGCAGACAAUUGGGUGAAGCAGUGUUUUAUAUUCAAGACUUUUUUUAUUUUAAUAUAUACAUGUGGUGGGGGAAUUGCUGCAUAAUCAGAGCAAAAAUACCACUUUUUGUUCAUUACUAUGGUCCCUUGAUUUUCCAGAUGGCCUUGUGAAAAUUCAGAUUCCUAGAAAAUUUCUGGAGGUAACACUUUAUAAUGCUGAUACAUUCAACCCUGUGUGUUAUCUUUAGUUGUUCCUAGUGCAUAGAAAGGAAAUUUUAACAACAUUUUACUAGUUGAAAACCAGUUAUUGGGACUAGUCAUUUUACAUUAUACCCAGACUUUUUGUAUUAUAACAGAUUGUAUAUGUGACACAGUAUAGUAUAGACAUACAUUAGAUCAUGUUUAGAUAAUUAGUCACCUUACAGUAGGGGACUUUUGAUGGUAUGGCAGUGCUUUAUUCACUUGAUGAACAUGUUGUAUGAAUAACAGAGAGAGAAUCAUCUGUCAUCUCUGUGUUGCAGGAGAAUAUAUUUAACCUGCUGUAUUUCUAUAAUAGACUGGUCCAUCAUUCAGUUUGGGCAGUACCAUUUAUUAUUUGAAGGGGUGUUUACUGAAAAUUUACUGACUGAAUAGCGAACAGUGCGGACCAUGAUCAGCCAGCAGGCUAAACGUUAAGCUCUGUAGCAUUGCUCUUUUUUGGACAUUGUAUACUUGAAAAUAUGUACUUUUAUUCUCGAAAAUAUGUACUUAUAUUCUCGAAAAUAUGUAUUUUUAUUCUUGUCCAUGUUACAUUUAAACUACCCAGUCAGGGAUGCUACCUCAAGACUUUACAUACUUACUUUUUAUUCAGUUCCAGUUUUCAUGUAUAUUUAAUGUUUAUUGUAUUUUAAUUGUAGAAAAUAAGGAAUCAUUUUGAUAAAAAGAAUACAUCUCAAAAGACUGUGUACAGUAAUUUUAA